ACAUUUUUUUCUGUUUCAGAUGCAGACAAUAAUGUACCACAAUUCCAGCGGUAGCGAGGCUUACAGCGGAAACCUGAAACGAAAGGAAAUCCACAGGGCCAUUUCUCUGCAUCCAGUGAAAAAGUACAAAAACCUCUAUAGAAUUGAUAACUACAUGACGCAAUUGUUGAUACAGGAUAGAAAGUUCGACAUUGUUAAAAUCGAACGAGAAAUAUUACGAACUGAAAGUCUGAUUAGGCAGACGAAUUUCCCUCGGAAGAUUUUCAACCAAUCUGAAUUAGAAAAAUCGCAAAUUCUGGGGCAACCUCCAGGACUUAGUAAAUCAGUGAUACGGAGUGAAGCCGAAAUUAUUCAUUGGGAGUUUAUUCAGAGAUCUCAGUUUUCUGCUUUAAGUGCCAACCCAAGAAGAAAAAUCGAUGCUUCUCUCAAGGAAGGAUUAGACGAUGUCAUUCGAGAAGUGAUGGAGAUAAUAAAUAUGUAUUCAAAAGAACGUGGAAGGGUGAUAGACUUCAAAGAAUUAUUGUACGGCUAUCACAGGAUGAACCCUGUUUUCGGUUCUGACUACAUUCUCGACAUGCUUCUCGUAUUUAAAAAAUACAGGGGCCGAAAGAUGACUGUUCCGGUCCGCAGGCACGCUUACUUGCAACAGCAAUUCACCGGUGAUGCAGAAAUGGCUUUUCGCGAAGUCUACGAAGGAGAAGAAGUCCCGCCGGGUCAGGAGCGAGAAGGCACGAAGAGAAACCCAUCCGGAAUCAAAGAAACUUUCGAAAUGGGAUUGAUGAAAAUCAGCGAGAACCUGCCUUCGAUCAUUUUCCCCUCGGCCGAAGGGGAUUCGAAAAGGAUCAACGACAAAUUAAUCAAUUUCAUACUGCCCCUUUCCGGCCGUUUUGAAGUGUUUAGAAGGUUCAUUUCAAAUUUCGAAGACGUCUGUCUUAAAAAUAACGAAAACGUUGCACUGAUCGUCGUCUUGUUUCCGAGCGAUAAAGAAAACACAGUUCAAAACGUAUUAGACUCUAUUAAAUCUCUUCAAAAUAAAUAUUCCUACGCUAGAAUAGUUGCCGUACCGGUGUUUGACAAUUUUUCGAGAGCUAACGCUCUUUCAAUCGGUGCUUCGCAAGUCAGCGAGCCGAGGGACUUGUUGUUUUUUAUCGAUGUCGACAUAGUGUUUAAGAGUGAGUGUUUGAGGAGAAUUCGGACUAACACGGUCAGAGGAAAAUCGGUCUAUUUUCCCAUCGUUUAUAGCGAAUACGAUCCUGAAAUUGUUUACAACAAGAAAAUUUCACCGAGCCAUUUCAAUUUUACGGAUGUCACUGGAUACUGGAGGCAAUAUGGUUUCGGAAUUGGAAGUGUUUACAAAUCAGACCUCUUAAAGGUUGGCGGUUUCAACACGGACAUCAAAGGCUGGGGUAAAGAGGAUGUCGACCUGUUUGACAAAUUCAUCGCCACGGCUGCUAACACGACCAUUUUCCGUUCCGUGGAUCUCGGGAUGGUCCACGUUUUCCACGUCGUCGACUGCGACCUCACCCUGGAGGCCCAGCAGCUCAAAAUGUGCAAAGCGACACGGGCGGACACUUACGGCAGUGUAAAACAACUUUCAGAAUAUUACAACAACAACAGGCUGAAAAUCGACACGAUUUUCCAUCUGACGGCCAGCUAAUGGCGUAUAAUUUCAUUUAGACUGGGCUGUUGAAUUUUUGAAAAAAAAAAUGUCUGUACAGUCAACGUGCCAAAAUUAAAAUUAA